AAGUUCAUCAAAAUGAGUCUUACAGGAGUCUGGAGUUGCAAUAGAACAAGAGCGCUUGGUUAAGAUAAGGCCGACAAGGUCGAGAAUGGCCGACAUCGUUUUGGUUACGGUUCAAGGCGGUGGUCACUUCAACACAGGUAUGCUCUUUGCAAAGAAGCUCGCUUCUCAGGGCUGCCGUGUUACGGUGCUACUGCCGUGGCUGAACCCAUCUGGAAUGACCACGGACAUAGCAAACAUUGACAUGCGCGCUCUCAUGGAGUCCAUUCCUUCCCCUCGACCGGCUUUCAUUUUCCCUGGAGUUCGCAAGUCUCGUCCCGACCUUUUGCCAUCAUCCCGUUUUCCCACUGCCCUGCCUGACUCGCUCCGGAAACACCUCGAUGUGCUGCGCCCCAAAGCGGUGGUUCUCGAUCGAAUGGUGAUGUUCUGGGCAAGUCAAACUGUUGAGGAGAGAGGCAUCCCAAAGUAUAUCCUCUACACAGGUGCUUCGGCGCAUCUCGCUGUCAUGCUCUCCUUCCACGGCCCCAGCCGAAGCGGGAAUGUGGACCAAGACAUGCAGAGCGUAGUUCAUGUUCCCGGACUUCCACCUCUUCGAUGGGCUGAGCUACCUUUGGACGUUGUCGUCAAAUCCCAUGGAUUCUACUUGGGUAAAGAAGGCGUAGCCAAGCAUUUUGUCCACUCCAACGGGAUACUACUGAAUACUUCCGAAGAGCUUGAAGGACCAAUAUUGGAUGCUUUACAUUGCGAGUACCCCGAGAUACGGUGCAUUCCCAUAGGACCUCUGUAUCCAUCUUCCUACCUCCAGGAUGAUCGACCCUCUCAAGAAGACAUUCGAGGAACAGCGGUCUCAAUCGGCAAGAACAGCGAGGAUUCCACGGCGCUUGUCUCAUGGCUGGACAAGCAACCCACGGCGUCGCUGGUCCUCAUAUGCUUCGGCAGCUUUAUAGUCUUGGGCGACGAGAUGAUUCGAGAGCUGGCACACGGACUCGAAUCGUCCGGCUUUAGAUUCCUCUGGUCGCUUCCAAGUCCCAGGAACGAGGAGCCGACCGCCUACCUGAACCGCGUGCUACCUCCAAACUUUGCGGAGCGAACCUCCGGUAGGGGGAAAAUCCUUACAGGUUGGGUGCCUCAGCAGCUGGUUCUCUCUCAUCCGGCCAUUGGUGCAUUAGUUUCACACUGCGGGUGGAGUUCCGUGGUGGAGUGUAUUCUGCUGGCUGGUGUUCCCAUUCUGGCCUGGCCGUUCUUAGGUGACCAGCUCCCAACCUGCAGGCACCUUGUGGACGAGUACAAAAUUGCGGUGGAUAUUGGGGUGGAUGGUGUGCCGUCCGCAGAUGACGUCGAGCGAGGCUUGCGUGCUGUAAUGGAGGACCAAGAGCUCAGGAACCGUGCCAAGCAAAGGAGGAAGCUGGUCCGACAGGCUGCACUCUCCACCCAGCCGGGCAGCUCAGGGCAUAACUUGGCAGAGUUCAUCAGCUCGUUGGCUGGGUAAUAGCGUCUCCUCCACAUCUGUCAGGACUCCGGAGAAAAAGAUGGCAGCGUCUUGCGGAUAUCGACCCAGAAGGACAUAGUAGUAAGAAGAGAUUACUGAACUCUAUGUGGUUUGAGGUGGUGGUGUUUGUAAAUCCGUGUGAAGUGUAUAAGGGUGGAAGCGCGAUUGUUCACGCGAGUGGAUCGGAGCUGCUACGCAGGACAAGCACUGCAUCUUUGCAGAAAGGAUUCCUUCCCAUGCUUUGGCAGUUUAGGAUCCAAGGUAGAAGCCACAGCUUCUGCUUUUCUUUGAUGCAUUCGCUGUAUUCCACCCGGAGAGAGACUGCAAUGUGAGUUUGCGUGAUCA